AUGAAUGGUGAUGUCGUUGCUUCUUUUUUACGGGUAGAAUCCGGCCAUCAAUGGAUUUCAAUCGAUGGACGGGAUCCAUAUUUGGGGUUUUUUACACGAUUACAAUUUCAUGAACCGACAUGUAUCAGAUCGUUAACAGUUCAUUGUCUUAAGCCUCUUACUGGAGCUGAAGAAAUAGACAUUUUAUUUUCUGAAUGCAAGCAUGGUCAUUGGAAAAUCAUGCAUUACACCAACACCAAAGAAAAGUUCAUCUUGAAAACGGUAAGCUUUAUAUUUUAUGAUGCUUGCCGUCCACCACGCGUACACCCUCGACGCCAUGGCAAACAAUUUGCACCUGUUCACGUUCGAGAGUCUGAGCGAACUAGGAGGAAACGAUCUAUUCAAUACGUGCUACCGGACGUCUAUCGAAAUGAAUCUUCUCCCUACGAGAUUCCGCUGGACGUCUUGAUUCCGGCCGAUCGGACUGUUGUCAUUCAGCCCGGUGUCGUUCUACGAUUUGCAGAUGACGCAGGUUUCACCGUGCAAGGUGUACUUAUCGCAAACGGCACCAAAUCAGCACCUGUCACUUUUGAACCUCAAACGGGUCGAUGGAAAGGAAUAGAGAUUGUAAAUGCUUCUGCCCCGUCAGUAUUUCGAUUCGUAAAUGUCACUGGUAGUAAGCUAGGAAUCACGGUGAAGAGCGGUAUCCCGCCAUCUAUCGAAGACGUCAUAUCCUCAUCAAAUCACAACGGAUUCGAUAUCCAGACAAACUCCAGUGUGCGAAUCGUUAAUUCGUCAGCUCUUGACAACGAGAACACAGGUUUUCGGAUAUCGUCCAAGGGCGACGUUCGGUUGGAAUCAUGUCUGUCGGCGUCCAAUCGCGAAGACGGCUUCUAUGUGGAAACUGUGGGCAACGUCUCCAUUUUGGAUUCACAUGCUUUUUCGAACAGUCGUCAUGGCAUUGCGGUAACCGAAGCUGCCUCCGCAAUUCGUAUCGAACGGUCUGCGGCGAGUUCGAACGGAGCGAAUGGGAUUCGAGUAAGCAAGUGGAAGAAAUCGGGAAAGGAGCUAACUGUCGAGAUUAUCAACGCCAACAUCACCGGCCAUUACUAUGCUGCAGCUGUGCACUUUGAAAAUGCCACCAAUCUGCGAUUCACAAUAGACCGUUGCCUAAUAGAAGACAAUUUCAACAAGGGUAUCGUCUUCGAAGGAGCUACUGUGAAUAGUACGAUCUCAACGAUGAAUUCGAAUUUUACUCAAAAUCGGGGUUUAACAAUAGCUCUAUCUCUUGUGCGCGACAGCGACGUUGUCAUCAAAGGAAACCAGUUCACGACAAAUCAUCUAAAUGACUUUGGCGAACACGAAGCUGUCAUCAAAUUCGCUACUUUUGCAGAGGCCACAGGAACCAAAAUCUCUAUAAUGGAUAACAGUUUCGAACAGAAUGCCAUGAAUAAUGUGGUGGAACUGCGUCAUCUUGGAGGUAAAACCGUACCGAUACUACUAGAGAAGAACAAUUUCAUGGGAAAUCUCGCUCAAUCGGUGGUCAGCUUGGAUGUGCCUAGGGCGACUGUGAGAGGAAACUAUUUCAGCAAUGUGCAGUCAUCUUGUGAAAUAACCAGGGCCGCUCCUUCUCAUGCUGAUGUCGAAGAUAAUUACUGGGGACAUGAAAAAGAAAUAGAUUUUUUGCCAAAGAUCUGUGCCCUAAAUCGCUCCUUGAAUUACGAAGUCUUCGAAGCAGACUCCUCUGACGACGUGAAUUUGUCUGAGCGACCUACGGUGCCCUCACUUCUGCCCCAACCAAAGGCAAUGGCAGAGCCCGCACAGCGGCAGUCGCCUGUGGAGCUCAUUCGCACGACCACCAGCAGAGCUGUAGCGGCGGCUGCACCGCUGAAGCCCUUCGAGAACACCUACAAUCAAGUGAAAGCGAAUCCACAACCUUACAGUGUCAGCUCCGAAGUAGCCGUAUACCCAGGCCAAAUUGUUAUUGUUGAUCCUGGAACUCAGUUCGAGCUGGCGCCCGGAAUCGGAUUCACAGUUCAGGAGAAAGGUUGUGUAUUUGCUGAAUUCUUUCGUCUCCAUCAAACUAGUUGA